UCGGCCGUGGAUUUCACAGUGACGCGCACAACAGUCGAGUUGCUACCAGAAAUGCAACAUCAAACGCCAACUUCCAGAAGACGCCGAGCCGCUGAACAUACGCAGAUUACAGACAAAAUAUUGAGGACACCUGCUGACCGGAGCUCAAUGACGGAUCAUGUUGGCCAAGGCUGCGCUCAAAGCAGCAAAACUUGCGCUCGACAACAAGCAGUAUGACCUGGCAAUCGAGCACGCAAACUCGGUGCUUUGUUCGGAUCCUCAAAACCACUUUGCACGGCUCUUCUUGGGUCGAGCCCUCGAGAAGCAGGGCAAAUAUGAUGAGGCCGCGAGCAUAUACCACUCAGCUGCCAAGGCAAAGCCAGACGAUUCCCAGGCGUGGCAAGGGCUCGUGAGUGUCUACAAAGCUCAAGGCUCAAAAAAGGUAGACGAUUAUCGCGAAGCAGCAGUCAAGGUUGCGGAGCAUUUCAUCAAUUCCGAUGACAUCAACCGGGCACAGUCGACUGUGGAUGAGCUCACGGCUUUUACCAAGCAGUAUGGCACUUCAGCACAUAACAAAAAAGUGCUUGAGGUGAUGCUGCCAGGAAGCUCAAUUUACGAUGCUUUGGAGGGACGUAUACCUCGUGCUUCGCACACGCUGACGCGGCUCAUCGAAAUCACCGAGACGGAAGAGGCAGAACGCAUCAAGAAGGAGAUUAACGAACGCCGGACACGAAUAGGCGCAAAAGUUGGUCAAGUCACUGUUGAAGUGAAGCGAGAAGUCUUCACAAACAGCGAUCUUGAAAACCUGUACCAGCAACUGAUAAACUGGUCAACUGACGAUGAGGUCCGGCGGGAAUACGAAGAAAAGUUGCUACAGCGUGCGUAUGAUACGCUCGUUGUGCUGCCACUCGACCAGAAAGCCGCCAAGCUUGACCAGGUCUUGACGCUCGCAGAGGGCAUGGUCAUCAUACAUCAUCCUUUUCGCCUUGCUUGGGAUCUGGUGCUCGAAUCGCGAGACAUGGAUGAUCUGAAAGACCUGGAUGCGGGUAUAUUGCGCGAAUAUGUUGCACUCUUCGAGAAAUCUGGACUCGCACGAAUUUUCGAAGGAUGGUUGACGAGUGAACUUUCGCCAUUUCCACCGGCACCAAAAGCCGAAGGAGACGAACCUGUGAAAGAGAUCGCUCCUGAAGAUCGACUUUUGCUGUUCACGGAGGGUCUAUCAGAUGCCGAGCAAUCGCCUUUCGCGCACCGACUUGUGGGUGACUAUUACCUGCAUUUGGAGGAGCAUGCAAGUGCUGCGGAUACAGCCAGGAACGGGCUUAAGGUCGCUCAGAUUGAGAGCAAUAAGCUUGGUCUUGGUUUGCAAAACACACGCGACGCUCUCAAUGCUGUGCUCGGGACCUCUCUUGUUCAUCAUCAAGCGCCACGAAAUCAUCCGGAGGCAAAGCGACUGUUCGAGGACAUUCUUCAACGGAAGCCCAAGUUCACUUCAGCACUCAUUGGUCUGGGCCUGAUUCUUGAGGAGACCGAGGACUACCAGGAUGCCAUCAAUUUCUUUUUGCGAGCUCUUGAAGAAGACAAGGGCAACGUGCGCGUGGGUACGGAACUUGCUUGGUGUAGGGCACUAAGCAGCGACUAUGCACAGGCGCUCAAGGAACUUGAGGACUUCCUGCAGAUGAUGAGGGCUGAUGACCCGCGAACAAGAGACCUCCGUGCACUGACAAUAUAUCGGAUUGGCGUUUGUCUUUGGGAGUCGGACACAUCCAAAGCUGCACGCAAGGACCGUAAUCGUGGCUACAGCCGUUUUCUGUCCGCGAUCAAGACGAAUGUCAACUUCGCGCCUGCGUACACAAAGCUCGGCAUAUAUUACAACGAUUAUGCCAAAGAUAGGAAACGUGCCCGCCAGUGCUUCCAGAAGGCAUUCGAGCUCUUUGCGGGAGAAGUCGAAGCCGCGGAACGACUGGCACAACUGUUCGCCGACCAAGGAGAUUGGGAUAUCGUGGAGGUGGUUGCACAGCGCGUCGUUGACUCAGGGAAGGCACGGCCGCCGCCAGGGUCGAAGAAGAAGGGCAUCAGCUGGCCGUAUUCUGCACUUGGUGUCGUGCAAAUGAACAAGCAAGAAUACCAGCAAGCUAUCGUAUCUUUCCUCGCUGCGCUACGAAUUAGUCCCGACGAUUACCAGUCCUAUGUCGGACUGGGUGAAAGUUACCACAACUCCGGCAGAUACAACUCCGCGUUGAGGACCUUCACGUAUGCACUCGAUCCGCAUGAUGACACGAAGCUCAAAAUCAAUGGAGAGACAUGGUUCGCCCGAUACAUGCUGGCCAAUGUUCACAGAGAACUUGGAGAGUUUGAAGAAGCAGAAUCUGGGCUGAAGAGUGUGCUGGAGGAACGCCCCUCAGAAUUUGGUGUGCUCAUGUCUUUGCUUCAAUGCUACACUGAGCAUGCAUGGAGAUGUGUAGAAACGGGUCUCUUCGGCCAAGCAGUGCGUUGCGCCAUCAGUGCUGUUGAAACGGCCGUGAGAGUGGGCAAGAUUUCACCGCAGGCCUUCAACAUGUGGAAGUCGGUGGGAGAUGCAUGCUCAAUCUUUACUUGGGUACAAAACAGCAUCAACGACUUCCCCUCGGCCGAAGUGCAGGAAUUGCUCAACACAUCUGCUGAGCAAAGCAUGUUUGAAGUUCUUGCCGACGUUGAUCUGGUGUCUCUGGGUUCGCUCGAUACCGACGGCACAAAUGACCCGGCAUCGCCUCCGGAGCCUCUCGUAGCAGCGAUUUUGGCAUACAAGAGAGCAGUUCGCUCGGCAUCUCACGAUGUACACGCCCAGGCAGUGGCUUGGUACAACCUGGGCUGGGCGGAGCAGCGAGCUCAUGCCAGCAGUGCUGCAAAGGCCGCGAAGCGCUACCUGACCACCGCUGUCAGGUGUUUCAAACGCGCCAUCGAGCUUGAGGCCGGGAACCCCGAACUGUGGAAUGCCCUUGGUGUGGUCACUACAACACUGAAUCCAAAGGUAGCACAGCACUCGUUCGUGCGAUCUCUCCACCUUAAUGAGCUCAACGCCAAAGUGUGGGCGAAUCUGGGAGUUCUGUAUCUGCUACAGAAUGACAUUGAACUCGCUCAUCAAUCAUUCGGCCGAGCACAGAGUACUGAUCCGGAGUAUGCUCACGCAUGGGUCGGCGAGGGAAUCAUUGCUCUCAUGACCGGCAACACAAAAGAAGCAUUGAACCACUUCACACACGCUGCCGAGAUCUCAGAUUCAGCUUCGCUCAUCACUAAGCGCCAGUAUUCUGUGUCCAGCUUCGACUACCUGCUCUCAGCAGAGGGUGCGUCGAACGACCUCACAAAAAUCAUACAGCCCAUUUUCGCACUCGAGCAGCUACGGAACCAAGCUCCUAAGGACCUCCCUUACCGUCAUCUCGCAACUUUGUUCCUGGAACGAGUUAGUAACCACGUUGCCGCCAUCGAGACAUUGACAGAACUCAGCGAUACCGCAGAAGCAGACUAUGAAGCCAGUGAAUCACUCUCGGCACUGGCACGAUACGCGCUCGCGAAAUCCGAUCUUUCAAGGAAUCAAUUAGCCACUUCAGACUUUUCCAAUGCAGCAGAGAACGCCGCAACAGCCCUCGACCUCUCCUCCGAUGCCGAUAGCAGCGGCCUCGAUGCAGAGGCCAGGCGCAAAUUGCGACUCUCUUGCCACUUGACAGCAGGUCUUGCACAGUACUACCUCAAAGACAUGCCUGAAAGCGUUACGAUGUUCAAAGCCGCUCUCCUAGAAAGCGAAAACGACCCAGACGUCGUCUGCUCUCUCGUCCAAGUCCUCUGGGCGCAAGGCGGACAAGAUGAAAAAGACGUUGCGCGCCAGCAGCUCUUCGAUGCGGCGGAGCGUCAUCCCGAACACAUCGGAGUCAUUACACUCCUCGGUGCCAUAGCUGCGCUUGAUAACGAUACUGACACGGCGAAUGCUGUGCGAGAUGAUUUACUACACCUCCGCACGAAAGAAGGUGUUUCAAGUACCAGCAAAGAUUUACAAGGCAUUGAAUCUUUGCUGGCCGCCAUCGCUGGUCUGUUUGGAGGGCAGAACUCAGAAGAGGCACUUGUGACCGAGGCCCAGACAGCUAUUCUGCUCAAACCUGAUGAUUCCCAAGCUUGGUCGCAACUUGCUGCUUUGUCUGGAGAAGACCAUGCUGCACAGAUGGCUUUAAAGACAGCUAUGCAGGCUGUGCCGCCAUACGGAGAGCUAGAGGCGGGUGGUUUGGCUCAAGCUUUUGCUGGAACAGGGACUGUGGGAGAUGCACAGCGAGCGAUGUUCUUGGCGCCCUGGGAGAAAGAAGGUUGGGAGGCGAUGAGGAGAGCUUUGGAGUGAACGGCGAGGAGGACAAAUGAGAAGUUUUGUAGAAAUGGUUGAUACGAGUGAUGAGCUCAAUGUUGGUCUCAUGAUCAACCUUUGAUCAAGCAGAUGACAGACUGCUUUAAAAGCAAGAAGAGAAAUCCCCAUCACACAUGUCUUCUCCUUGCCCACUUUGUCAAAUACUCCCGACCUUCUAGCCGAUAUGUAUCUUCCUCCACAUAAUUCCCGCCUUGAGACUCACUCUGCAAGACCAAAUUCUGUCCCGCCUGACUUUCAUUAUACAAUGGCCAAUGCGGCAACCCCUCUCCAUUCGGAUGUCCACACCACGCAAAAUUGAUCCACUGC